CUACAUUUUUAUUUAGUUUGUAACCGCUCUUUGUCGAAUACGUACAGCUUAUUUGAACUUUGAAUAGUGUUUCGAUAACAAAGUGCAACAGAUGAGUGACAAAGUGUUAGGACUAAGCCUGUGUACUAGGCUGUAUGAUUUCAAAAAGCUUUGGGAUGGGUGGGCGUAAGAUAAUCAAAGCUGCAGCUUUGCUGAUAGCAUUGGGUUACAGCAGUUUACUUGUUUAUCAAGGCGGAGUUAAUUUCAACUUCCAGGAAAGUCGGUCAGUGCAAGUGGCUGAUUUAUCCAUAGAACCCAUCACUAAAACAACUGUAUUAGACAGUGGUCUGAACAAAAACAUAACGCUAGAUGAUAUUUUUAUCAGUGUUAAGACAACAAAACAUUAUCAGUACACCCGGUUGCCAAUAAUAUUGAAGACAUGGUUCCAAUUAGCGAAGGAUCAGACGUGGUUCUUCACAGACACUGAUAAUCAACAGCAACAAAACCAAACAAAUGGUCACAUGGUCAACACGAAGUGCUCGGCAUCACAUCAACGCAAACACCUUUGUUGCAAAAUGUCAGUUGAAUAUGAUCACUUUCUAGAAAGCGGUAAAAAAUGGUUCUGUCAUUUCGAUGAUGACAACUAUGUGAACGUGCCUCGUUUGGUCAGCGUGCUUCAAACUUAUAACCAUCAAGAAGACUGGUAUCUAGGGAGAACAUCUGUAUAUGAACCAGUCAAGAUUUAUAAGAAACCGACUAAUCAGUUACUAUUUUCAUUUUGGUUUGCUACGGGCGGUGCCGGAUUUUGUGUUAGCCGAAGUUUGGCUUUGAAAAUGUUACCAGUGGCAAGCGGUGGCAGAUUUAUAAGUAUAUGUGAAGGUAUUAGGUUACCGGACGACGUUUCUAUGGGAUUUAUAAUAGAACAUCUUAUGAAGAAGAAUCUGACUUUGGUGCCGGAAUUUCAUUCUCAUUUGGAACAAAUGAAACUCUUGAUGUCGGAAAGUUUCCGUGACCAGAUAUCGUUCAGUUACUCCAAAACGAAGAACGUUUGGAAUGUUAUCAACGUACCAGGUUUUGAUUCCAGAUACGAUCCUACGAGGUUCCUUUCACUGCAUUGUUUCCUUUUCCCUCAUUUCAAAUUUUGUCCGAGGUAAAAGCUCUUAAAAAUUUAAAUAGAUUAUUCAAUAUAUUUUUACAUUCCGUAUAUUUUUAUAUUAGUAGGUGCAAUACAAUAUAUAUGCGAUUACGAAUAGGUUGUGAUAUUAAUGUAAUCAACAAUUUUUGGUUAAAAAUGUCAGUUUAUAUCGAAAACAAAGCAUCACACCUAGCUUGAAUGCCUUAUAAAAUCCUAACUGUGAUAUUAGAUUAAAUAUAAUUCUAAGUUGUGUUUAUAUAGCUAAUAAAUAUAUAUUUAAACUCAUUCAGUCAAAUGUUAUGCUGUUGUUUUAUAAUAAGUUGUUUAUUAAAUAAACAAUUGUAAAUUGGA